AUGUCCGCCGGUCUUUCACUCUCACGCGCCCUACCGAAGCCGAAGUAUACCGGCGAGGAUGAGGACCUCCCCGCCCACGCCCAGCCGCGCGGCCCGCGCGUCGUGGGCGCCUCCGAAAUCGACCAGACGCAAAUCGUGCUGAAGAAAGCCGGCCCGCCCCCGUACGGCCAGCGCGCAGGAUGGCGACCUCGCUCGCAAGAAGACUAUGGAGAUGGCGGCGCGUUCCCCGAGGUCCCUGUGGCACAGUACCCGUUGGAUAUGGGCAGGAAAAGCACAUCGAGCUCAAACGCGCUCGCAAUCCAGGUCGAUUCAGAAGGAAAGGUUAAAUACGAUGCGAUCGCGAGGCGGGGCCAUAGUGAGAACCGCAUUGUGCAUGCAUCGUUCAAGGACCUUAUCCCGCUGCGGCAGCGUGCUGACAUCGGCGAGAUCUCUCUCGACCGCCCGUCAGAGGACCAAGUUGCUGAGACGAAGAAGAAGACCGAGGAGGCAUUGGCGAAGCUGGUAUCGGGCGCGGUUGCAGCGCAGAAGCCCAAGACCGUUGCUGGCACCACACGCAAGGCGCCGACCUAUGUGCGAUACACACCUGCAAAUCAGAUGGGGGACAAUAGCAAGAAGCAGGACAGGAUCAUGAAGAUUGUGGAGAGACAGGUCGACCCGAUGGAGCCGCCCAAGUUCAAGCAUAAGAAGAUCCCCCGUGGACCGCCGAGCCCGCCGCCGCCGGUCAUGCACUCGCCGCCUCGCAAAUUGACGGCCGAAGACCAGGAAGCUUGGAGGAUUCCCCCGCCGGUCUCUAACUGGAAGAACCCGAAGGGUUAUACCGUGCCGUUGGACAAGCGUUUGGCGGCGGAUGGUCGUGGUAUGCAGGAUGUCACCAUCAACGACAAAUUUGCACAGUUCGCCGAGGCCUUGUUCACCGCGGAUAGACACGCCAGAGAGGAGGUUAAGCAGCGCGCUCUCAUGCAGCAAAAGCUAGCCGAGAAGGAAAAACUGCAGAAGGAGGAGCACCUGCGCUCAUUGGCCAUGAAAGCACGCGAGCAAGCUGCAGGGAGCUCCAGGAGGGAUUCACGAGAUGCCGGUUCCCGCUCGAGGAGCAGAAGCCCUUCCGAAUACUCAUCGAGGUCCGAGAGUGACGGGGAUGAGGCUCAGAGGGAAAGAGAGGAGAUGCGUAGAGAGCGCCGCCGGGAGGCUGAGAAGCAGUUGCGGCAAUCACGCAUGGGAACUGAGCGAAGGAUCCAGAUGAUGGCAAGGGAGCAGAACCGCGACAUCUCUGAGAAAGUUGCGCUCGGAAUCGCAAAGCCGAGUGCGUCGGGGGAGAGCAUGUACGACUCGCGACUGUUUAACCAAACAAGUGGAUUCGACACCGGAUUCAACGAGGAUCAAGCCUACGACAAGCCUCUUUUUGCGGCUCAAGAUGCUCUUCACAGCAUCUAUCGGCCGAAGCUUAACCACGAUGACGACGACGAUAAUGGAGAGACUCUGGAUAAGAUUCAGAAGACUAGCAGGUUCGAGGUGCUCGGCAAAGUCAAGGAGGGCUUCAAGGGCGCGGACACCGCCGAGCAACGUGAAGGGCCUGUUCAGUUCGAGAAAGAUACCGACGACCCUUUCAACAUAAAUCAGAUGAUCUCGGAGGCUACCAAGGGUGCUGCUGGAAGUGGCAAGAGAGGCGUGGAUGAGCCAGACGGCCGGUCUUCCAAGCGGGCCAGGGUUGAAGAUGAUGACUGA